AUGGUUAAAGUCGCAGUUUUAGGUGCCGCUGGUGGUAUUGGUCAACCAUUAUCUUUAUUAACCAAAUUGAACCCCAAUGUUGAUGAAUUGGCAUUAUUUGAUGUUGUCAAUGUCCCUGGUGUUGGUGCGGAUUUAGGACACAUCAACUCCAACUCCACUACUGAAUCAUUUUUACCAUCUUCAAAGGAAGACAAGACUGCUUUGGCUAAUGCGUUAAAGGGGGCUGAUCUUGUUAUUAUUCCAGCUGGUGUUCCAAGAAAACCGGGUAUGACUAGAGAUGACUUGUUCAAUAUCAAUGCAUCUAUUUGUCAAGGUUUGGCUGAAGGUAUUGCUGAAAAUAGUCCCAAGGCAUUUGUUUUGGUUAUUUCUAAUCCAGUCAAUUCAACUGUGCCAAUUUUUGCAGAAACUUUGAAGAAAAAGGGUGUUUACGAUCCAGCUAGAUUAUUUGGUGUUACUACUUUGGAUAUUGUUAGAGCCAAUACUUUUAUUGCUCAAUUGUAUCCAAAGGAUACCAAGCCAACUGAUUUCAACGUUAAUGUUGUUGGUGGUCAUUCGGGUGAAACCAUUGUUCCCUUGUACUCAAUUGGCUCUACCAAAAAGUAUUAUGAUGAAUUGAAUGAAGAACAAAAGAAGGCUUUGAUUCACAGAGUUCAAUUUGGAGGUGAUGAAGUUGUUCAAGCCAAGAAUGGUGCUGGAUCAGCUACUUUGUCAAUGGCCUACGCUGGUUACAGAUUGGCUGAAUCUAUUUUGAAGGCAGUUAGAGGCGAAAAUGGUAUUGUUGAAUGUACAUUUUUGAACUUGGAUUCAAAGAUUAAAGGUGCUUCUGAAGCCAGAAAAUUGGUUAAGGAUUUGGAUUUCUUUUCAUUGCCAGUUAAAUUGGGCAAGAAUGGUAUUGAAGAAGUACAAUAUGAUAUCUUGAAUAAGGUUAAUGAUGAUGAAAAGAAGUUAUUGGAAGUUGCUAUUGAACAGUUAUCUAAAAAUAUUGAAAAGGGUGUUGCAUUUGCCAGCAAGUAA